CCUGUGAUGGCGUCCUCAUUAUCGUUUGAGAGUGAUUCAGAGGGUGACCUGGCUCAUUUAGAGGAGUUACAAGGAUCAGACGAUAAUGAAACUCAAUCAGAAGGCUUCAUAAGUGACUCAGAUGAGGAAUAUUUGCCAGAGAAUGACAGUGAGGCUAGUAGUUACGAGGAAGAGAGUGAUGGAAGUGUUGACGAUGCAGACAGGCCACGCAGCCCAGCACUGCCGGCUCCCCUGCACGCCUUCACUCUCAUGGCUGAUCCCUUUGCUGAUCAGCGUCCUGGCACUGUUCCUGUCCUAACUGAGGACUUUUCUGGCGUUCAUCCUGAUGUACCAAGGAAUGACAUGAGUGCUUUGGACUGCUUCGAGCUAUUCAUGUCAGACGAGGUGAUACAGUCGCUGUGUUUGUGGACGAAUGUCCGUGCAACCAAGUUCUUCAGGGACAACCCAACAAUAAAUCCCAACAAGUUUAUGCGAAAAAAGUGGCUUGAUGUCACAAAGGAUGAGAUGAAUGUCUUCUUAUGUCUGCAGCUACUGAUGGGAGUCAACAAGUUGCCAAAGAUAGCAGACUAUUGGAGUCUCUCUGUGCUCUGCCAGGGCCCCCCUGUGUUCACAGCUGCUGUAAUGAGUAGGAAUAGGUUUUCUCAGAUCCAACGGUUCAUUCGUUACUCACAUCCUGAUGACAGCAAGAAAGAAGACCCAAUGACCAGACUUUCAUCAUUCUUCAACAUGCUGAGGGAGAAAACCACCAAGUACUUCUCCGCUGGGGAGAAUUUUGCUGUUGAUGAGAGUCUUAUUCUCUACAAAGGGCGGCUUCGCUUUCGCCAGUAUAUAAAAACGAAAAGGAAGCGGUUUGGCCUCAAGCUUUUCUCCCUCUGCCCCAGCUCCCCCAAGGCCAGAGGUUAUACCUGGAACUUUAGUUUGUACAGCCAUCGUCUCUAUGAUGAGAUGCUGGAUAAUCCAGAGUUAUCAGCCUUGUCUAAGUCUGAAAGAGUGCCAGUAUAUUUGAUGCUGGACCUUCUGAAUAAAGGACGUCAUGUAGUACUCGACAACUGGUACUCUUCACUUCACCUUGCUGAGUUUUUGCUGGAGAGGGGCACACUAACCACAGGAACUAUACGCCCAAACAGAGGAGUCCCACCUAUUAUGAAAAAUGAGUCUCUAAGCAGAGGUCAAGCACUGUUUUCCAGGAAAGAUGAAAUUCUCCAAGUAAAAUUCAGAGAUACCAAGUAUGUGCACGUCAUCACAACAAAGUAUGAAGCAGGGUUUGUAGAGAGGACUCGUGUCCUGAAGGGAGGAAAGCAGGAGUUCAUCAAGAAACCAUCACCAAUUCAGAGAUAUAAUGAGCAGAUGGGGUAGUGGAUUUGGUUGAUCAGCUGUUGGAGCCACCUGAUCCAACACGAAAAUCAUAUACAUGGUUCAAGAAGCUAGGACUCCAUAUGAUCUCAAGAAUGUUGCUCAAUGCUCGGACCAUCUACUGUAAUCUUCAUCAGCAAAGACACUGGAUGGAGUAUGGAGAGUUUAUCAAGCUGGUGGUCCAUCAACAACUCACUCGGUGCUCACCUGGAUACCGGCAGUUGUGUUCGGAAAGGAAGAAAGACCUGAGCCUGAGAAAGAAGAAGUCUGCUAUGGUUGAAGAACCAAGUGGGAGUGAUACGUGCCAUGGAAUGAUUCCUAUACCUCCCACUGAAAAGAAAGCCCGACCACAGAAACGGUGCAGAGUGUGCUACAAGAAUAAGAAGACCAAGAUGUCACGCAAAUACUGCCCUGUAUGCCCUGGCAAGCCUGGACUGUGUUCUGAGGAACACUUUCGGGCAUGGCAUUCCCAGUAGAACAUACGCUGGUCAAGGUGCACCUGCCUCGGAGUGCACCAUCCCUGCCUUUCACCCUCUCAUCAAACUUGGAUCUACAAAGUACCAACAGGACACCAAUGGAUUUCUGCCAGAUUAGAAGCUGUAAACUUUGGGUUUGGAUGGACGGCUGAACUGACGUUAGCAGGUGAGGAGUGUUUCAAGUCAGGUGGCUAAAGACAAGCGGCACCAGGCUAAUGGAUCUGCUGGGACAUUGGACCAACAUAACAGUCUUGUAAAUAAUCUGUGACAUCACA